AUGCGGCUCGCCCACCUCCACUUCCCCGACAUAACCUCCUUCACCCGCGUCGCAAACCUCCAACAAUCCCUCACAACCCGUCUCCUCGCACACAAGAAGCUCAUCCAGUCACCCAACGCGACAACACCACCGCCACCCGACCCAACGAUAAUAACAUUCACCCCGAACCCAGUUUACACAACCGGCCGCCGCGACCUCCCGCCGUCAAACACCUCGCCCUCCGCCUCAAAAACUCUUUCCCUACCUCCCGGCCUUGAGCCGAUCCGCUCUCUCUUCUCUCAGCAAUCACAGCAUAAUAAUGGCUCCGCGAUAGCAGAAUACCAUCCAACCCUGCGGGGUGGACAGACAACGUACCAUGGACCCGGGCAGAUGGUUGCAUACACGAUUCUUGAUCUACGGCGGCUGGGUCUGACGCCACGAUGCCAUAUUCGGCUAUUGGAGAAUAGCGUUGUUGAUGUACUAGCCGGGUAUGGCAUUGAGGGGACUAUUACUGAAGAUCCAGGGGUUUGGGUGCCCUCCCGGUCAGGCAGUGACCAGCUACCCAGGAAGAUCACGGCAGUAGGGGUCCAUUUGAGGAGGAAUAUCAGCAGCUACGGGGUAGGCUUUAAUGUCACGGAAGAGCCGAUGUGGUAUUUCCGGCAGAUAGUGGCGUGCGGGCUUGAAGGGAGAGAGGCGACAAGUUUGCAGGGGCAAGGGGUGGAUGGUGUCUCUGUUGAGGAGGUGGCCGGGAAAUUUGUUGAUGCGUUUGUGCGGAGGGUGAAUAGUAAAUUUGCUUGCGUGGGGAGCGCUUCAGGGGAGAAUAUCGAUGGUGUCUAUAGGGUGGAGGAAACGGACCUAGUAGAUUAA